CAGCCGUCCCUCCUCGAGGCAGUCCCAGGGAUUUUCUCCGCCGAGCGCUUUGGAGCGGGCGAGCGAGAGAGAGCGCUUGGGUUCUGCUGCCUGCUCCUCCCACCAGAGACACCCUCCCGCCGCUCCCCGCCGAGCCGCGCCGCUCACACGGCGGGACGAGCCAGAGCGCUCCGCUCCCGCCGCCGGGACCAGCGCCUCGGGCCGCCGCCGCCGCCGCCCCGUCCAUGGGCCGGUGCCGCUGAUCUGCCGCCGCUCGGGCCAUGCACGGGCUCAUGAACGGGCUGCGGUGCCUCCGCGGGGGCUGAGCGCGGGGCCCCCCGCGCAUGCCGGUGGCGGGGGGCAGCCCCGCGCCCGCCGCGCCGCCCCGCAGCCGCCGCCGCCGCCGCGCCGCGAUGCCGGUGGCGGGGCGCGGGCAGCCCGCCUCCUGGCUGCUGGUGCUGGGCGCCGCCGCGCCCGCCCUCUGGCUGCGCUGCGUGCUCGCCGACUUCACGGUGGACAACGAGGUGCACUCCAGCUUCAUCCACCGGCGGCUGCGCGGCCCCGAGCGCCGCGAGAUGCAGCGGGAGAUCCUCUCCAUCCUCGGCCUGCCGCACCGCCCGCGGCCGCACCUCCACGGCAAGCACAACUCGGCCCCCAUGUUCAUGCUGGACCUUUACAAUGCCAUGUCCGUGGAGGAGGGGGCGGCGGGGGCCGCCGCCGAGGACGGCGAGGGCUUCUCUUACCCCUACAAGCCCAUCUUCAGCACCCAGGGGCCGCCUCUGGCCAGCCUGCAGGACAGCAACUUCCUCACCGAGGCUGACAUGGUCAUGAGCUUCGUCAACUUGGUGGAGCAUGACAGAGAGUUCCACCACCAGCGCUGCCACUACCGAGAGUUCAGGUUUGAUCUCUCCCGAAUCCCGGAGGGGGAGGCGGUGACGGCGGCCGAGUUCAGGAUCUACAAGGAUUACAUCCGCGAGCGCUUCGACAACGAAACCUUCCAGAUCAGCGUCUACCAGGUCCUGCAGGAGCACCCGGGAAGGGAUUCAGAUUUGUUCCUGCUGGACUCCAGGACGAUCUGGGCUGCAGAGGAAGGGUGGCUGGUGUUCGACAUCACCGCGACCAGUAACCACUGGGUGGUGAAUCCCCAGCACAACCUGGGCCUGCAGCUGUCCGUGGAAGGCAUUGAUGGACAAAGCAUCAACCCCAAGCUGGCGGGGCUGAUCGGGAGGCACGGCCCCCAGAACAAGCAGCCCUUCACCGUGGCCUUCUUCAAGGCCACCGAGGUGCACCUGCGCAGCAUCCGCUCCACCGGGGGCAAGCAGAGGAGCCAGAACAGAUCCAAAACACCAAAGAACCAGGAGGCAUUCCGGGUCUCCAACAUUGCAGAGAACAGCAGCAGUGACCAGCGACAAGCCUGCAAGAAACACGAGCUCUACGUCAGCUUCAGGGACCUGGGGUGGCAGGACUGGAUCAUCGCUCCGGAGGGCUACGCUGCCUAUUACUGUGAAGGAGAAUGUGCUUUCCCCCUGAAUUCCUACAUGAAUGCUACAAACCAUGCCAUUGUACAGACACUGGUUCACUUUAUAAACCCAGAGACUGUGCCGAAACCCUGCUGUGCUCCCACACAACUCAACGCCAUCUCAGUGCUCUAUUUUGAUGACAGCUCCAAUGUUAUCUUAAAAAAAUACAGGAACAUGGUGGUACGAGCAUGUGGCUGCCACUAGAUUUGUAGGACAAAGAAAGAAGAAAGAAAAAGAAGUUCUUUGUAAAGAGUGGGUUUGUGUGGCUGUGUGGGGCUGGGGGAAAGGUUAGUGCUCCAGCCAUGGGUUUAAAAAAGUCCCAAACCAUUUUAGGACCAGGCCUCUGAAAGUUCAGACAAUGGAACAGUUUCUGGAUCUAAAGAGGCAUUUGAACACAUUUUGUUUUAGUUUAUUGCAGACAAUGAGCUUGUAAACUGAAACAAGCCAGAGAAACCGUUUAAAACCAAAUCUGCUUACAAAAUUGGCUCCUACAGUACAUACUUUUGCAAAUGAGUCUUUCUGGAGAUUGCAAACUCACCAGUGUUGAUUGUGAGUAAAACACUAAUAAUCUAUCCAAGGUGAGACUGUGCUGUGACUAAUAAGUGUGUGUAGUUCCUGUAACACGGUUUGCAAUAAAAUAAGUGAACAAAAUAUACCUGGAGUGAACAGGUAUUUUGUUAGAGAAUUAUUGCUUCCAUCCCUCUGCUUCAAUUUUGUAAGCAAAACCAAGGAUUAAUUACAUGCAACUUCCAGUUUUCAACUACAGUAGCAAAAGCUGGAUGUGGAUUGACACAAAUUCAAAGGACAGAGUAGGCUAAGAAUAAAAUCAAUUGGCAAGCAAAAGAACUGAAGAAAAGUGCUUCCAAGAGUGAGAAUGUUGGGGUGUACUUUUUUCCUAUCAAAAAGGAAGGAAAUUUCCUCUUGCAGCUAGAAAGUAUUUCAAUUUGCUAUUAAAACAGGAAAGCAGCAGAAUGCUGAGAGACAGGGAUGAAACCUGAUGUUUAGCUGGGGUGUCCUAAGCAGUUCCUGACUUCCCUGAGGGAGCAAGGUCCAGCCCUGUUCCAAGAACUGGAGACUCAAGUGCAGAAGGUGCUGUGAGUUGGGAUGCACACCCAGCACCACACAGACUGGGAACAAGCCAGGAAACUUUCCUUCCUGGGGCCAGUGCUUCUGAUAAACCCCCUGCUCUCUUGGCUUCACCUCAAAAAACCCCACAACUAUCCCCUUCAAGGGCCACCAAGAAGCUGGAACCAGAAGCAAGAGAAUGUCCCCUCAAGGCUUUUCUUUUUCCUUCUUUUAAAGUCACAGGUUACACAAACAUCACACUUGAGUAAUUAACACUCAAUUAAAAUUGUUGCAAAGAAGAAUACAGAGUUGCAGUAACCAAUCACAAACCAAUUCCCCACUUUGGCACGCACCAAAGUAGGAUUGGUAUAAAUUUCACCAGGGAGAUAAAAAGAAAAUAAAGCCCAAUAAAACACCAUGUCCAGCACACUCAGCCCUAAAUCUCCAAACUUCAGAGAGCUAAACCUCCAACAGAUGGGUCCAGGACCAUCGCUGGAGAUGGGUCUGUGCUCAGUGAGCAGAUGGGGCCAUGCAGCCACAGUAGGGACUUGGCUCCAUGUCUUGCCUUAGAGGAGAGUUAGAGAAAGAAGAUAAAUGAAAUUCUGGACUUCACUCACUGCUCUUCUCCCUUUGAGUCACAGAUCAAAUCCAGACCAGAUGCCUCACUUUAAAAAGAAAAAGCAAAGGAAGAAAAAACCCCUACUGUCUAUGAAAUAAAUUGGAAAUUUGUUUCUGAUGGCCUAGUUCUCAUCUCAUUUCAGUCAAUUGGGGUUUUCCCAGCAGUUUUCUCAGUAGCAGGAUUAGGCUGAUGGGAAAGGGGAAGCCCAUCCAUGACAUUGGUAGGUUUUGGAUGGGGGCCUUGGUGAGCAGCUGCCAGAUGUGCCUGGUGUCCCCCAGACCUCUCCAACAUCUGCAGGAGCAGCCUGGCUGCAGCAGGCACGCUCCACAGGUAGGACUGCAGCAAACCUCCCCACGGGGAGCCUUUGGGCCAGCACAGCCAGCCACACAGCAGGAGAACAGCUGGAGCCAAAAUCCCAGCCCUUGUGGAGCCUGCAGACAGCCCCAUGCACCAGAACCAGCCAAACCUGCCCUCAGUGUGUCCCUGCCUAGAGUGAGGAACUGAAAUCGCACAGAGAGGAAGCACCAUCUGACAUUGCUUCCAUAUACACACCAGUGCUCCUGUCAACCUUCUAAGGGAAGGGAAGGUGCUGCCUAGAACGUUAAAAGCUAAUCAUGCCUGAACUUCCAUUAUUUAGUAGUCAAGGAUUAGUUUUCUCUCGUGGGUGUUUCAGUGUUGGUGGUCACUGCGUUGGUGUGUUGAGUUUUUAACUUGGACCACGGUGUCUUGCUGUAUAGGACUCAUAUAUUAAAUAUUAUGUGGGGAUUGUUUCUGUUUUGGUUUUUUGUUGUUGUUCUUAAGCAUAAUAACAGGAUUUCUGUUGCUAGGCUCAACAUCAGCUUCACUGUUUGUACAUUUUUAUGUAAAUAGUUGUCACAAGCGGAAGAAGAAUUAUUUAUUUCCAUCUCUGAAUUCCUUUUCAAUCACAUGCAGGAAAAAUGAUUCUGGGUUCCUAAACACAUUUGUUUCCUUAUUUAAGAAGAUAUUUAUUAACAGUUGGCAAAAAUGCAUACACAUUUCUGGUUCUUUUCAUAGAGCAGAUGUCAGAAGCCUUUUUGUACAAACUAGCAAAAUAAAUAAUUGCAACUUUACAAAAGAUACCCCGA